ACGAACACGACGUUUUGGAUAUUCACCUUCGAGUAUCAUUUACGUUCGCUUUGCCUACGAAUUUGUUCCUUUAUUUUCUUUAUCGCGGUAUAUAAAUAUACAUAUACAUAUAUCACUUGUUGCAUGGUGAUUUAUAAAAAGCGAUUAUACAUCGAUAUAUAUCUUUUGAUAUUAAAUCUAGAGUAUAAUCCUUCAAUCAAUCUAUAAUCCUUGAACCAAUAUUCCUGUGGAAGUACAUUUUUUGUGAAUUUGCCGCAAAACUAAUUCAAGACUAUUAUCAUCAGUGUAAAAGAUUUAAAUAACAACUAAAAUGGCUUUGAAAAUUCGCGUUGAAUCGCCGAAGGUGCAAUACACAGAAGACUAUAUCGAAGCACAGUACGAGUAUCAAACAACGAAUGUUACGGAAGACAACAGUGGAAAUUAUACGGUAACACCUGUAACAACAAACCUAUUAAUUAGAACACAACUGAAAGUUCCAAAACUUGGAUUAAUGUUGGUAGGAUGGGGUGGAAAUAAUGGUACCACUAUUACCGCAGCAUUAUUAGCAAAUAAACUUAGGUUGACAUGGGAAACAAAGAAUGGCAUUCAAAAAGCAAAUUGGUAUGGUUCCUUAACUCAAGCAUCUACCAUCAGAUUAGGCAAAGGAAACAAAGAAGAGGUAUAUGUUCCCAUGUCUUGGAUGCUUCCAAUGGUAAAUCCAGAUGAUAUUGAAAUUGAUGGUUGGGAUAUUUCAAAUAUGAACUUAGCUGAUGCUAUGCAACGUGCAGAAGUUUUGGACAUUAAUUUACAAAAGCAAUUAAUACCACACAUGAUGCAUAUGAAACCAAGAAAAAGCAUAUAUUAUCCUGACUUUAUUGCAUCCAAUCAGGAAAAAAGAGCAAAUAACAUUAUUUAUGGUACAAAAUUUGAACAAUUGGAACAACUUAGAAAAGACAUUGCAGAAUUUAAAACUACAAAGAAUUUGGAUCAAGUGAUUAUAUUAUGGACUGCUAACACAGAACGAUUUUCAGAGAUAAUUCCAGGUGUAAAUGAUACAGCAGAAAAUUUAUUAAAUGCUAUUAACGAAGGUCAUUCAGAAAUUAGUCCAAGUACAGUGUUUGCUGUUGCAGCUGCUUUGGAAGGAUGUACAUAUAUAAAUGGAUCACCUCAAAAUACUUUCGUACCAGGAGCAAUGGAAUUAGCAGAGCAACAUAAAACAUUCAUUAGUGGCGAUGAUUUUAAAUCUGGACAAACAAAAUUAAAGUCUGUACUUGUAGAUUUUCUAGUCUCAGCUGGUAUUAAGCCAGUAUCAAUUGUUAGUUAUAACCAUCUUGGAAAUAAUGAUGGUUAUAAUUUAUCUGCUCCUCAACAAUUUCGCUCGAAAGAGAUUUCAAAAAGCAAUGUUGUAGAUGAUAUGGUACAAUCAAAUAAAAUUCUUUACCAACCUGGAGAAAAGCCAGAUCAUUGUGUUGUUAUUAAAUAUGUUCCAUAUGUCGGUGAUAGUAAACGGGCGAUGGAUGAAUAUACAUCAGAAAUAUUACUUGGAGGACACAAUACAAUUGUAAUACACAAUACAUGUGAAGAUUCUUUAUUGGCUAGCCCAAUUAUUUUGGAUCUGGUUCUUUUAGCAGAAAUUUGUUCGCGUAUUACAUUCAAAGUAGCUAAUACCAAAGAUGAGUUCAUUGGAUUUCACAGUGUACUUUCCAUACUUUCGUAUCUUUGCAAAGCACCAUUAGUUCCUCAAGGAACACCAAUUGUAAAUGCAUUGUUCAGACAACGAUCAGCAAUCGAAAAUAUCUUAAGAGCCUGUCUUGCGUUACCUCCCGAAAAUAAUAUUUUACUUGAACACAAAGUUAAUUUCAAAAAUCAAGUAUGAAUUUAAAGGAAAGAUAUUACAUGUUUUAAAGUAAGGGUAUUAUUUGCAAAAGGGAAGCAAACAGUAUUAUCAAAGAAUAAUUUAAGAAAACAGUAAAAAAUUCAAUGUUACAAAACCUAUACUGCUAACAAAAUGAAAUCUGUCAGUAUCUGAACAAUAUUUUUAUAUAUCUACACAAAUCUUUAUUACAAGAUUUGUAUUAUUAGAUGCAAAGUGUAAUCAUUAUUGUUGAUUAAUGACAAAUGCUAUAAAAGUUUUAUAAAAACCAUAGAUUCUAAACCUAUAAAUCAUGGUAUUUGAUACAUGAGAAUGUUUGCAUUCAUGACAUUCUACAAUAUACAAUUGUUAUAUAUAUUUUUUAAACACAACAAAUUAAAAAUAUCAUUUUGAGUAAUAAAAAAGUUAUUUUUAAAUGAA